UUUUGAAAUCUGCUUUAGUUAUGAAAUGUCUUGGGCCAGGACUGAAAAGAACCAAGAAAUGUUCAACAAGGAGCAAAGCCAACCUUCUUCGUCUUCCUCUGCAGGGACCAGUAGUCCUUCCUUUUUGCUUACCAUUGGCUUGUUUAUCUUGGCUCUGCAAUGGACAGACGGAGGAGCCUCCCCCACAAUACCACUCUCCAGUCUGUUUACCAAUGCUGUGCUAAGAGCACAGCAUCUCCAUCAGCUCACAACAAAUACCUACAAGGAAUUUGAGCGAUCCUAUAUCCCAGAAGAGCAGCGAUACUCCAUCAAGAAUUCUCAGACUGUAUAUUGUUACUCAGACACCAUCCCUUCACCCACGAGGAAAGAGGAAACCCAACAAAAGACAGAUAUGGAACUGCUGAGGUUUUCGCUGAUUCUCAUUCAGUCCUGGCUAAAUCCUAUACGGUUUCUAAGCAGGAUGUUUACGAACAGUCUUGUGUUUGGGACCUCAGACAGAGUCUACGAAAAACUCCAAGAUUUGGAGCAAGGUAUCCAAGUUCUUAUGAGG